CCAGUCCCCGUGUCAGUCAGCCGGUCGAUAAACACGGCGCUUGCUGAUGUGAGGAGACACGACAGUGAAAGUAAACAAAAAAUUGAAAUAUCAGGCUGGCUGGUCCUCACGAAUUUGACACUAAACACAAACACUCAGUAAGGAAAGGACGAUUUUGUAAUGAGGGAAAUGUGGUAACACAUGGAAAAUGAAGUACCACGUACUAAUUUUCUGCGCCUUCAUCGCGCUCGCCUCUGCGGAAUAUGACCUAGCAGAGGAAGAUGAGGAGUACUCAGUGGAUUCAGACAACUAUGAUUGGCAGCAUGUCCUGCUCGGAAAGGACGGCGAACGUGACAAACGGGAUACGAGUCCAUCUCCACUGCCUGCGGAACCGAGCAACAAUUCGUCUUCACCGGCUGCCGAAGCCACCCCUGAGGUCUCAGUGGCCAACACGACGACCACGCCUCCUCCAGACCCUGUGCUGCCGGACAUGGGGUCCGCCGAGGCCGAGAAGAACAGCUCGAUGGCCAUCUUCUUCGUGCUGUGCGUGCUGGCGCUGUGCAUCCUGCUGAUCCACUUGAUGCUGCUAGUCAACUUCCAGUACCUGCCUGAGAGCGUGGUCAUCGUCUUCCUCGGUGCCUUGAUCGGCCUGGUGAUCAACCUCAUGUCCAAUCAGAACAUCGCCAACUGGAAACGCGAAGAGGCCUUCUCGCCAACUGCUUUUUUCCUCGUCCUCCUGCCGCCCAUCAUCUUCGAGUCUGGCUACAACCUGCACAAGGGAAACUUCUUCCAGAACAUUGGCUCCAUCCUGGUUUUUGCCAUCUUCGGCACCCUGAUCUCAGCGGUAGUCAUCGGCGGCGGCGUCUACAUGCUGGGCGUCGCCGACGUCGCUUACCAACUGAGCUUUGUCGAGAGUCUGGCGUUUGGCUCGCUCAUUUCUGCCGUCGAUCCGGUAGCCACCGUCGCUAUCUUCCACGCGCUGGACGUUGAUCCGGUGCUCAACAUGCUGGUCUUUGGUGAGAGCAUCCUCAAUGACGCCGUCGCCAUCGUGCUCACCUCCACUGUCCUUCAGUCGGCCUCGACAGACGCGCAGAUGACGCCUGGACAGGGACUCAUCUCAGGAAUUGGAAGGUUUUGCAUGAUGUUUUUCGCCUCUGCUGGCAUCGGAGUGUUGUUCGCGUUGGUGAGCGCGCUUCUUUUGAAACACGCAGACUUGCGCAAGAAUCCUUCACUCGAGUUUGGAAUGAUGCUGGUCUUCACCUACGCGCCCUAUGCACUCGCUGAAGGACUUCACCUCUCAGGAAUCAUGGCUAUUCUCUUUUGCGGCAUCGUCAUGUCGCAUUACACGCAUUUCAACCUUUCGACGGUGACGCAAAUCACGAUGCAGCAGACGAUGCGCACACUCGCCUUCAUUGCGGAGACGUGCGUCUUCGCCUACCUCGGCCUGGCCAUCUUCAGCUUCCGGCACCGACUCGAGCCGGCUCUUGUUAUCUGGAGCCUGGUAUUUUGUCUGCUCGGACGGGCGCUCAACAUCUUUCCUCUGGCAGCUCUAGUCAACAAGUUCCGCGAGCACAAAAUCACGCCCAAAAUGAUGUUUAUCAUGUGGUUUAGCGGUUUGAGGGGUGCGAUUGCGUACGCAUUGUCUCUUCACUUGGAAUUCAGCGAAGAGAGCAGACAUGUGAUUGUGACCACGACUUUGGUGAUUGUGCUGGUGACCACUAUGUUCUUUGGAGGAUCAACCAUGCCCCUGAUGAAGUUUCUGCAAGCAAAGAAGAGUGGUCGGCGACGGCGUAGGAGAAGCAGCAGAGCCAAAGAGCUGAUCAUCAGCAAAACCAGAGAAAUGGGCCAGGCUUUGGACUCGGAGCACAUUUCUGAGAUGACCGAGGAGGAUGAAGUUGGAUUUACACAGUCACGUGGCUUCGCGUGGUGGGACUACAAGUAUUUCAUUCCGUUCUUCACCAGAAGAUUCACCCAACAGGAGCUGAAGGACUGUCGAUCGCAGAUGACUGACCUGACAAAUCGCUGGUACGAGGCCAUCAGGGUUUCGCCCAAUGAAGACGAAUCUGAUGAGAACGACGAGGAGCAGCACAUAAUUCAAAAGGGAAAGCCGUCCACCAGCAGAUCUUAAAUAAUAUCCAAGCACAACAUUGGCUUUUCUUUAAAAGGCGGCUCGCCUUUUAUUAUAUUUAUUCCUCAUCUAUUUAUGGAUUGUUCAUUCUUGCCAUGUUUGUUUCUUUGUUCCUCUCAAAUCAAAAGGGAUGCUUCAACAGAAUUUGUAUGAAGAAACCAUCAUAUACCCUUAUCGCUGUUGUCUUAAUGUGAUAAUCUAAAGCAUCGAAGUGUGAUAACUUAUUUGUGUGCAAUUUUGCAAGUCAUAAUGUCAGUCAGUAUACACGAAAAUAUUGUGAAUAAAACUGAAAAAUAUAAAUGACAAUAAACCAAAUAAAAUAUAUUUAUUCUUACCGAGA